AUGGUGGCAAUUGCUUUCAUGUUAGCUCUUGUGGCAACUUGUUGUGCAGCCGGCCUGCCGGUUGUUGAUCUUGGCUAUGAGCUACACCAAGCGAUCUCAUUCAAUAGCGCUCAAGGGCUGUACAAUUUCAGCAACAUUAGAUAUGCUGCACCACCAUUGGGAAGUCUCCGAUUCCAAGCACCCCGAUUGCCAGACCUGGAUCGAUCUCAGAUUCAGAAUGGCUCUGUCGGCCGGGUUUGUCCUCAGGCUAAGCCUAUCUGGUUUAAUGACAUAUUGCCUGAAUUUCUGCUGAGUUUAUCUGAGGGGACAUCGUUCAAUCAGUCGACGGAUAUUUCUUCCUAUCCGUAUGUGCCGCGCCAGUCUGACUCGCGCAUUAAUGAAGAUUGCCUAUUCUUGGAUGUGACUGUUCCCAAGAAGAUCUUUGAUCGGGGCCAAAAGGCUCUGGCUCCGGUCUUGGUCUGGAUCUACGGUGGAGGAUUUGCAGAAGGUGAUAAAUCGCAGGAGGACCCUUCAGGCUUGAUCAAUCGGAGUACGAUUGUUGGGGAUGGGGUGGUAUAUGUUGCGAUUAACUAUCGACUGGGGGCAUUUGGUUGGCUAGGAGGCGAUACACUGAUGGCAAAUGGAACUGCCAAUGCCGGACUUCAUGAUCAACGUUUCGCUUUAGAAUGGAUACACAAGAACAUUCACUUGUUCGGUGGCAAUCCCAAAGCCAUUACUGUAAUCGGAGAAUCUGCAGGAGGUGGAAGCAUCAUGCAUUUGAUUACGGCCCAUGGAGGUCAGAAACCGUCUCUGUUUCAACGUGCAAUCGUGCAGAGCCCAGGUUGGACGCCCAUGCCGGAUCAACAGCAGCCCGAGGAGAUUUUACAAAACUUUCUCGCUCUUUUGAAUGUGAACACGGUCGAUGAAGCGCGGGGACUUUCAUCCGAGAAACUGAUUGCAGCCAACGAAUAUCAAAUCGCCACUCAAUCCAAAUGGGGUGAUUUCACUUACACGCCCGUUGUGGAUGGGACGUUGGUCCCAGCGUUGCCCGGGCAGCUUCUCAUGGAAGGCAAAUUCGACCAGAGCCUGAAUGUCAUGACUGGACACAAUGAAGACGAGGGAAUUUUAUUCACCCCACCGGAAAGUGCGAACAGCAGUGCUCUCCCACGGCUGCUGAAAGUAUACUAUCCUUUGAUCAAACAGGAUGUUAUCGACUACGUGACUGAGGUGUUAUACCCAGCCGUGUAUAACGGAAGCUACAGUUAUACGAAUGCUAUCGAGCGGUAUGCCUUUAUUAUCUCGACCUCAAUAUUUGAGUGCAAUACGGAAUAUCUGAACUGGGCAUAUGAAAAUCAAACAUUUGCAUACCAGUUCAGCGUGCCACCAUCGCUUCAUGGCCAGGACACUCUGUACACAUUUUACAACCCGGACAAGCUUGGAGUCGAUGGAGGAUUAUCCGAACUACAAGUACAAAAUGCCAGUGUUGCAUUUGCAAUGCAGGACUACUUUACUAGUUUCGCUCAAUUUGGAGUCCCCCAAUCUGCGGUGGGCGGACCAAUUUUUCCAAGAUAUGGCGAAGAGAAUAUGCUCUUGAACAUUGGCAGCCAGACGAUCGAGGCUAUUCACGAUUUUUCUGACAAUUUCCGCUGUCGUUACUGGCAGACUGCACCGUAUUAUUCUUGA